UAAAAGUCGUCUGCCGCAGGCUUGCAGUAGAAAGGCGUAGAAGUCAAUUGAAAUAAUAACGUUAUUAAUGGAGAGAGGGGUACGAAGAUGGAUAGUGGACAUAUCAAAGUGGAACCCAUCUCCCCAUGACUUCUCUUUUGCCCUUUCCCUUCUUCCUCAACAUGACCACUCCUCCAUAACCAGAUUUGUGAGGAUGGAAGAUAAGAAACGGGCACUUGUGAGCCGGUUGCUUCAAUAUGCUAUGGUACAGGAAGUAUUGUUGAUUCCAUAUGAUGAAGUUGUUAUAAAGCGCACAUUGGAAGGGAAACCCUACCUAGAAUGUGCUAAAGCUUACUCAGAAUUUCCCAAUUUUAAUUUCAAUGUAUCUCAUCAUGGUGACUAUGUGGCAAUAGCAUCUGAACCUGUGUGCAUUGUUGGGGUGGACAUCGUUUGUUGUGUGAAGCCUCCAAAUGAGACAAUUUCAGAAUUCAUUCAGAACUUUGCUUCUUACUUUUCACAUUUGGAGUGGAACAAAAUAAUUAAUUCUGGAACCUCAGAUGAAGUUUUGGUUGAAUUUUACAGAUACUGGUGUCUCAAAGAAGCUUAUGUCAAAGCUACAGGGAGUGGACUGGUGAAUGGAUUGGACAGAGUAGAGUUUCAUCACACUAACUGGAGAAAUAUAUUUGUUAAAAUUGAUGGGGAGCCAAUAACAGAGUGGAGAUUUUGGAUUUUUGAGCUGCAAGAAAGACAUUGGGUGUCUGUGGCUAGGGGUCACCCAAAAGCGGCUGCAGAAAGUUACAAGAGAACAAUAAGGAGAUUGGAGUUCGAUGAAGAGGAGUACCGUGAGGGUCUUUAUCUUCCAAACGUAAGUUUUGUUGACAAAACUGUAGAACAACUCAUCCUAUUACUCGAAAGAAAGAGUAAAUAAUAUGCAAAAACUAGAACUGAUGGCCAAUUGGUGAAAGCUGUCAACGGUAUAUGGGUACGCAAGAGAGAAUUCUUUCGCUUCCUGCUGGACCACUGCAUAACAAGAUUGAUGUGACAUGCUCAACCAGGUAUAAAGUUCAAGUUGGCAGGAGUAGUUUUCCUCCAACUUGAAAUACAAUCUCACUAUCCUGCUAUAUGAAAGCUUGAUUCUGGAAAAUCACUAGUGGAUAGGUAAAUGGUUGAUGGUCCAAAAUGCAAGGUCCCUGCGUUGUGAUUAUGGUAGUAAAACUAAAGGGUGUUAUCAGUUAGCUCAAAUCUGCAGGUUGUAAGAUACUACUUUAGCUGUGAGACUUGAGAUGUAACCAGUUGAGAAUAAUAAAAUUUACCUUUCCUCUUUUUCCUUAA